UGAAACCUCAAAGGUUACACAAAAUCCAUUAGUGGCAGACAUCUGAUUUGUUCAGAUUAUUUAAAUUUUUUCCAUAUAGGAAGCAAUGGAAAUCGAAAGGUGCUUUGGAAUGCCCAUCUGAAAAGUUACCCGCUAAUGCUAGCUGACAAACAACCUAAACCUUUGUCAGACGUCAGCAAAUUCACCAAAUGCCCUCAUGUAAACGAGAAAAUACAGACAGUAUUCUGUAGCGAUGCUCUAAUACAUUAUUUAAAUGAAUUCCCCAGAGCUGCCAAAUGUUUCAAAUUGUCCAUAUUUUGUAACAACAAUCUCUGAAUGUGACCUCAUAACUGCCAAAACAUGUAGUGUUGCGACUAUUUAAAAAAAAAAUAAUAAUAAUCACAUAAGCGUCGUUUCGGAAGCAACGUGGACGCUAGCAGACGAGUCCAAAGUUAGCUGAAAGCUAACGACUUUAGUUGGCCCCAAUCACUGCUAGUUUUCAUCGAUUUAUAUACUUCAUUGGCAGAUUAUGAUGGCGCAGAGAGGAAUUGUGUGCUCAUGACAACGUUAUUCAUCGCAGAAUAUCAAACGCCAUCACGCUAAACUGUGUUGUUUUUCUUCAGUGUCCUAAUUAUACUUGAGGGAAUAUGCCAAAUCGUCACAGCUCAGUGAAGCGUAGCUAAUGGGUUGCACACUAUGACAGGAAAGAACAAGCCACGAUACGCAGGAAGUGAGGGGUCAGCACAGAGGAAUGUUGGGACUGGCGAGGCAGCACACACCCUCAGAUUCUUCCCCUCCAUGUCCCUUAAGAGAGCAGAGCACUCAGCUGCUUGGCUCCCCAGCCCUGGAACUCCCUGCCACCAAAACCCCGUCAUGCACGACACCACUGGCUAAUUUAAGAAAGUGAUCUUCCACAAUGGCUAACGUUCCAUUCCCCUCCCAUCCUUGAGAACAAAUUCAGUCAUUUAGUCAAUGAUGUUAAUCAACAUUCAUCAAGUGAAAUGAGGGUGGGGAACCUACGGGGCGUGGGCGAGAUAUGGCCCGCCAGAGUUUUUAUUCCUGCCUGCUGUACAAGUGUAAAUAAAAAUAAAAACCCUCAAAGGAACUGUUAUAAAGAUCUUAACAUAGAAUAUUUUUCGUUUGUUGCUUGUUGCAUUUUUUUGUAAAUUUAGUUUGACCCUCAUAAGACCUCAAAUGGCCUCUUGGUCGGUAAAAAGGUUUGGUCAUGUAUUGCCUUGGUCCUGGUCUUGACAUGUUUUCAUCGCCAUAGAGUCUGAUCCGUCAAGUACUCAGUCUUGGUCUUGUCUGAGUCUUGUAUGGACUUGGUCUUUGUCAUAGUGUGCCCUUUUCUCCCGAGAGUCUUUGUCUUGAUUCAGCCUUCUAUUAUCUCCGUCUUAAUAUAGACAUGGGCCAUAUCUGCGUGUCGACCUUCCCUCUUCUCCUUAGAGUGUAGGUCUUUACUCAGUUUCUUAUUGUGUUUGUCUUGGUCUUAAUAUGGUCUCAUCUAUCUGUCUCAUGUAGACUCAGUCUUGGUCUUGGCAUCGUAUCAUCGCUGUGGAGUCUUGGUGCUGACAUGGUCUCAUCUAAAAAUCAUGCACUUGACUUGGUCUUGACUAUCCAACGAUGGCUGAAAAACAAACAAACAAUCUAAUCUGUAUGUUUUUUUAUCGCUUGAAAUGAAAUGGGCGACCUUAUGGUGAUUUUUAAAAAAUGGAACAAGUUAGGACAUUCCCUCCCACCGAACCCCACCCCUUUCUAUUUCCAGAAAACGGUUUAGAAAUCCUCCUCCUUUUUCGAAAACCUCUAAAAAAGAGUUUGUUUGUGGACUAAUUAUUAAGUUUAAAAACAUGCCCUUAAUAACCCCACCGUGUUACCCAGUGUACAUUUUGUCGUAAGCUUGUUUGUUUAGAGUUCCACUAAUAUUCAUCAUAGAAGCCCACGGUGCUCCUUUUGUUAGUCCUCGAGGACACCCACUCUCCUUCAAAAGUCCCUUCCCUAACAUUUGGCAGCCACAAGCUCAGGAACACCAUGCAGAAUGUUUUAGGAAAUUGGUCCCGGACCACUGUGCUGCGUUGGACCCGGUGGGCCAGUGGUCCAGCAUCCAUGCUGCCAUGGCAGCCUGAGGCCUGCACCCCAUACAUCCCCGCUUGGGCUCUGUUGAUCCUAUUGUCUCUCUGCGUCACCACACGUCGCCCCGGCAAAUAAAGGCCGUCUGGCUCCAAGCUUAAACUUCGCAGCAAACUCAAAACCAACCAUCAGAGCCGAUUCAUUCACAUCUGCUCAGUGGGGCGACAAGGACAGGGCUUUAGGUGGGAAAGAGGGCAGAAAAAAGUUCACUUUUCCCCGCCGGGUGCCAAGAGAACGGGACAGGACUCAACUUCGAGGGAGCCGCAGCUGUGGCAAGUGGCCCAUUUUAUUACAUUUAACGUAUAUCUGAGCGUAUGGAAGAUCGGUUUACGUAAAGCGUGCCAAGACAUUUGUAUUUUUUUUUUUGUUACAUGUUAACUUUUCGUCAGGUUAUUGUGGUUUGGAGUUGUUUGACUGCUGAGGCGAUAAGAAGUAUCACGUUGCCCGUCCUUGUCAAAGUUUGAACUGUGAAUGGUUUCACUACGAGAUAACUAACCAUGUUGGAUGAUUGUAUGGUUGAAUUGACUCACUUAUUUUUUUUUUUUCUCAAAGAACUCAGCUAAUGUGAAAUUGAACCUCGCAAGCUAAGUUUUCUAUUCCCGAUGCACAAAAGUUCAGAUCAUGAAGUCAUUCGUUGUACCAUCGGAUAGCACUAUAUUUUUGUGUUUUCCUGUCAAACAUUUCGACAUUUUCUUACGCUUGACACUCCGUGUGUGCCCCCCAAAACCCUCACCCCUUCCCCACCCCACUUGUCCGGCCUGCCUAAACCAACCCUCCCUGCCCGUCUGCACCCUCCAUUUCUCUCCCUACCCCACCCUUCAUUCUGCAGUGCUACGGACCGAUCAUGGGUGACUGGAGCUUUCUGGGAAAUAUUUUAGAGGAAGUCAAUGAGCACUCUACGGUGAUUGGCAGGGUGUGGCUCACAGUUCUCUUCAUCUUCCGCAUCCUCAUCUUGGGCACGGCGGCGGAGUUCGUGUGGGGCGACGAGCAGUCCGACUACGUGUGCAAUACGCAGCAGCCCGGCUGUGAGAACGUGUGUUACGACGAGGCCUUCCCCAUCUCUCACAUCCGUCUGUGGGUUCUGCAGAUCAUCUUCGUGUCCACGCCGUCCCUGGUCUACGUGGGCCACGCCGUGCACCAUGUGCACAUGGAGGAGAAGCGCAAGGAGCGCGAGGAGGCGGAACUUAGUCGGCAACAGGAGCUGAGCGAGGAGCGACUCCCGCUGGCACCUGACCAGGGGAGUGUCCGCACCACGAAGGAGACCAGCACAAAAGGAAGCAAGAAGUUCCGACUGGAGGGCACCUUGCUAAGGACCUACAUCUGCCAUAUCAUUUUUAAGACACUCUUUGAGGUGGGCUUCGUGGUGGGCCAGUACUUCCUGUACGGCUUCCGCAUACUGCCGCUGUACAAAUGCAGCCGUUGGCCCUGCCCUAACACCGUAGACUGCUUUGUGUCUCGCCCCACAGAGAAAACGGUCUUCAUCAUUUUCAUGUUGGCCGUGGCUUGCGUCUCACUCUUCCUCAACUUCGUAGAGAUCAGCCACCUGGGCCUCAAGAAGAUCCGUUUUGUUUUUCGCAAGCCGGCGCCCGCCCCGGCGCAGGGCGAAGGCUCAGCCACCCUGCCACCGGGAAAAAGCCUGCCCCCUUUGGCAGUGUCCUCAUUGCAGAGGGCCAAAGGUUACAGGCGGCUGGAUGAGGAGAAAGCUCCCCCUAUAACCCACCUCUACCCACUGGCGGAAGUGGGCAUGGAGGCAGGCAGUGGGGCCCCACCCUUCCAUGGGCUGGAGGAGAAGGCCGAGGAGGAGCUGCCCAUGGGGGACAUCCCCAAAGCGUACGACGAGACUCUUCCCUCCUACGCCCAGACCACCGAGACUGGAGAGGGGACAUUGCAGCAGCAGGAUGCAACCAAGGAGGCGCCUCCAGUCGGGGUGGAAGGUGGAGAAUGGCAGGGUACCGAGGCAGAGGCGGAGGGGGCGGUCCCCCAGGAGGGAGGGAGUGCGCUGGCCCAGGCAGGGAGGAAGGCGGCGGAUACGAUAGAGGACAGCAGACCUCUGAGCCGACUGAGCCAAGCUAGCAGUAAGGCCAGGUCGGACGACCUCACCGUAUGAACACGCUACGGCGACCACACGCACGUACCACUGCACUCCAUAACCACGCCUGGGAGAGCACACACACAUAGAAACACUUCUGAAGGGGCAACUCAAAGUCAAUAAAUCGAACCACAGACCUUCAUCUUAGCAUUGCCGACCUGAAUUUUGCCAUUCAGAUUUGUCACUGGGAAAUUAUAGAAAAUGGUCUUAUUUUUGAAAUGUUAUGAAACAAUAAUGGGAGAAAAGAAAUCUGCACCUGAUUUAAUGAGUGCAUGCCCCACCCUUCUAAUCCUCUAUAAAAUAAAAUAAGUAGCCAUUCAAUACAUUGGCGGAGGUAAACUAAACAGAAUUAAAAAAAUACACAUCGGGACAAUAAUUGUCACAUUGCCCCAAA